AACAGCGUCAGAAUAUCGCGACCCAACGUGGUUUUUCCGCCGCGUAGCAACCAGCGGCUCAGUUUUAUCUUUAUUUAGAUUAAAAACAAUACAUUUAAACUCUUACCAGCCGUCGCAGCUACACUUGUGGUGUGUGUGUGUGAAUAUAUUUUAACCUCUACGUCACUUAAAGGUUUGUCGGAGGAAGUUUAAACGCGGAGCAGCAGCAGCAGUGGUGGUGGUGUUGGUGUCCUGCGUGAAAAUGAUUCCCGGAGAAGGAGCAGCAGCCAAGUUUCUGCUCGACGCUUCUCGGCUGUAUAACGAAACAUGUCCGGAGCUGUCGAGGUUCUUCAUGCAGUAUGCUGUGAAAUCCAAUGAAACCUCGAAGAAGAGAUUCUCGAUCCUGUCAAACAACAUGUCGGCGUGUCCGUCCUGUUAUCAGUUGCUGCGUCCUGACAAUCACCGGGUGCGGCUGCGGCCGAAGCAGCGUCCACCAGCACGAGUGCAGAGCGUCCUGCGCAGGAAGGCCAGGGGCAAACGACUCAGCCUGGUGCAGAAAUAUCUGCUGCACCGCUUCCAAAACUCCUCCUCAGUACUGAUGGCCACCUGCCACACUUGCAAUACGACAUCCAGACACAAAGGAAUGAACAGGGAAUUUCUAACUACCCUCGCUAAGACCCACAGCACACCAGGGAGUGCGGUCAAACACAAGACCCCACAGUCCACCAGCAGAACUAACAUGACCACCCCCAAGACUCCUGGAAAAGACAAGACUCCUGUUCAUACACCUAGGUCCUCCACCUCCUCCAACACUUCAGGGUCAGGUUCGUCUUCCUCCAAGCCCCCCUCUAAACCAAAGAAUUGGGUCGUCCAGCGUCUCAGCAAGAUACUUAUGAGAGAAGACACCCAGGGCAGCAAGAAGGGAGGAUUGAAAGAUUUUCUCUCCUCACUUUGAAUAUCUCUGAAAUCCACCUUGUCUUUAUAUAUAACAAGGGGUUAGACCCGUGUUGUAACCUGUUUACACCAAAGGCUAAGGGGUAACUUAAGAAAGUAACUUCAGUGUCUGAGCCGGUGUGGGAAGGGUUACAGUUUGCCCACCAACAAAGCUAUUGCUGGGCUGUUUGGAAUGGCGCUCCUGGUAUCCUUUAUGCAACAACUGGGGCCACUGGGCUUAUUUCAACCUUUGCAUCUUCUGCUGAACCAGUCAGUGGGAAGUGCUUUUUUGUCUAAUUUAGCAUAUGCCUCUUGGGAUGCUAUGUUUUAGUGGAAUGUUUCAGGAAUUAUUCAGUAUUUAUCAAGUGGCUGGAAACAUCUGAGAAAGCCCACCUUUGUUCUGUGGUGGCGUAUGUGGCAUGACAAGUUGGUUUACAUGCCAAUGUCUGUCUCCAUUUUAGAUUUGUUUUUUUUCUAAAGUUACAAUUAAACAUGAAUAUAUAUAUUAAAUAAUUUGAUAAACAUACUGCUUGAUGUCAAAACUUUUGUAUUUACUCACCUUUUUUUUUUUUGGCCCUCCUCACUGCGGAGACGUGUCAGUGUGAAGUAAUUUGUUAUGGCAUUGGCUAAACAUGACAGAUUGACAUAUGUAUAUAUGUUGUUGGCACUGUUGCAUUUUUGUAUGUGCAUAUAAAUGAUUUUGAAUCUGUGCACAGUCACAAAUGAAUAUAUUUGUAAUAAUCUAGAACGGGACUCAGUUGUUGUUUACAUUGAAUAGGCACAUGCCUAAAACCUUAUAGACAAUCAGUAUUGUCAAGUCUUUACAUUUUAGUAUGUAAUGUUUUCUUUAGCAAAGUGUUUUUGUAAAGUUACUCUUUUCAUCUUUUUGUCAAGAGCAGAACUAUAAAUAUAUCUACUGCAUUUUGUACUGCCUGAUUACCUAAAUGUUUUCCAUUAGCUGUUCAAUGUACAGUAUGUGUUUUAAAUCCUGAAAUACCUCACAUUUGUAUUCCACCUACACCCUAAUUCUCUGAAAUAAAAACCUUUUCAGUCUGUGAAA